GCGUUUUAAAACUCUUUUCCUCACAAGAAAGUGACAUCCACGCACAACUCAAACCAUUUUAUCUUUGAAUAUAAACUUUUCCAUCUUUUGAUGUGAUCCUUCAUUUGAUGCUCGUCCGACGGUAAAGUGAUAACGGGAUCUCCUCUCACCGAAAUCGGCACCGUAAAUUACAGAACAGUAAUGGGCGCAAGUUAUAUUUGCAAAAUUAUUUUCGUUUUUUUUUCGCUCACUGUAACUGCGGUUCGUACAGAAAAAAGGACUCUGUCAUGCGACAAUAUUUGCAAGGGAAUCCGCUUUCCUGGAAAAUUAGGAGGCUGCAAUUGUAAUUAUGUCAUAUUCACAAAAAGAUCCAGUCAACUCAGGUCUUUGGAAACAGAAGUAGAGAACUUAGAAGAACUGAGGCAAAAGCUUUUUGGGAAAAUCGAUACGAAUGAAAAUACAGAAUAUGAGACUUUAGAUGAAAAAGAUGUUAAUCAUUUAGAGUUUCCAAGAAACUUUAUUGACAUUUUGAAGAAACGGAUUGGAAGGCCCAUCAUGAGGAACUUAGAUUACUAACUAGAAUAUCAACAAGGUUCUAAAAGAACUUUGAAGAAUAUAAAAGAUAAAUGAAGACAAGAAAAAAGAAAAUGUGUCACCUCAUAUUUGUAAAUUUUUUUGAAUUCUCAAAAAAACAUCUGUUACAGAUUUAUUAUAAGAUAAGAGUGUUUUAAUAAGUUAUUUAUUAUUUAUUGUAAUUUAUUAUAUAUUUAUUUUUGUGUCUGUUAGAGUUUCUCUGCAUUUAUGUUUAACGUGUUGUGUCACAUGUAAAUAAAUGUGUUAAAAUGA